AUGGGCACCUGCGUUAGCAAGUCUAAAGCCAAAAGAGAAAUUUCUCGAGAAAUUACUCGAGAAAGGUUUCGAUUUGUUGAUGGCAGGCGUUACCAUAACAAUCAAAAUUCUCGAUACGCUUUGCCGAAUGACGAUGUUGAAAUCGACCGACUUCAGCAACAACAUUUUUGUCUACGCUUUGCUUGGAACGGAAACUUCUGUGCACCCAUCAGUGAUUCUUUAGAAAAUCAUAAAGCUUUUGUUUUAGAUUCGGGUUGUGGACCGGGUGUUUGGUGUUUAGAUAUGGCAACGAAUUGGCCAGAUGUAGAAUUUCUAGGACUUGAUAUUUCAUCGGUUUUUCCGGAAGAAAUAAAACCGAAAAAUGUGAAAUUUCUCGAACACAAUAUUCUAGAAGGAAUUCCAGUCGACGACGGCCAUUUCACAUUCAUUCACCAACGUUUCUUGUGUGGCGGAAUUCCGAUAGCAGAUUGGCAAGGAAACAUUCUCAAAGAAUUCGCGAGAAUUUGUAAACCAAAAGGAUGGGUUGAAUUCUUGGAAAGUGAUACGAAAUUUGUGUCGCCAUCUCCAAACGCUGAAUGGCUAUGGACCUCUUGCAAGUUUAUUAAAUUCUGGGAAUUGAGAGGGAUGGAUGUAUAUAUUGGCUUACAUUUAGAAGAUUAUCUGAAAAAUAAUGGUGGUUUUACCAAUAUCCACCACGAUAUAUUAGACAUUCCAAUUGGAAGCUGGGGUGGAAGAUUGGGUCAAUUGGUUUGUGAAGAUCUACUUCUCGGACUUGGCGCAUUAAAAGUACCACUAGCCUCGCUUAUGGGUAUCUCGGUAGGAGAAUACGAGACUUUACUCAAUAAUUUCGAAGCAGGAGUAAAUGAAUACAAAACAUCUUGGAAACAACAUCGUAUAUACGCACAAAGAAUCGCUUCAUCGUAG